AUGGAUAGCUUCAAUAACAAGGUCUAUGUGGUAACGGGCCUCGGCGGGAUCGGCCUCGCUGUCGCAAAGCAACUACACACGCUCGGCGCACGCCUCUCGCUAGCAGACAUCUCCGCCGAAACGCUCUCAACCGCUGUCCGCGCCAUCGCUCCCUCAACUGCCGACACCAUCAUGACUACCGUCCUCGACAUCGGGUGCUCGGCCGAUGUCAAAUGCUGGAUCGCCUCGACGGUCCAGCGCUUCGGCGCCUCGAUGCACGGCGUUGGCAAGUUCGUCGACCAGGAGGACGACGAGUGGGAUAUGCUGGUGCGGGUGAAUCUGUCCGGGAUGAUGUACUGCCUGCGGGCGGAGCUGCGGGCAAUUAUGGACAGCGCGCCGAGCGGGAAAGGGAGCAUUGUCAAUGCGAGCAGUAUCCAGGGACUUCGUGGGUUCGCAUUACAUGCGGCGUAUUCGACGACGAAGCAUGGAGUUGUGGGGUUGACGCGAUCAGUUGCGAAAGAGGUUGGGCCUGCGAUUCGGGUUAAUGCGGUUGCGCCUGGUUCUAUUCAGACGCCGCUCCUUGAGAAGGCAGCCGUGAUUCAGGGCGGCAUUACUGCUCCUCCUACCGUGAUUCCCCGGGUUGGGACCCCCGAAGAGGUUGCCCAGACAGUGGUGUUUUUGCUGAGUGAUGCCGCGUCAUAUACUACAGGACAAGUGUAUAGUGUCGAUGGUGGCUGGGAUCCAUGA